AUGCUUUCUUCUGCUGAACAAGAAAACAUUAAUAAUGAUAAUACUAAAAAGUAUAUUAAGCGACCACAAAAACCUGAUGAAGAAAGUUAUAAAUUGGCUUUAGAAGAAGUUAAGAAUAAAAUUGAUAAAUUACAAGAAGAAUCUGAUGCCAUAAAUGCUAAAAUUGGUGCUUCUGAUAAUGGUCCUGCUGGAAGUAACCGUGAAGAACUUCGAGGUCAAUUAGAUAGACUUCGUGGUAAACAAGAUGAAAUUAAGAAAAGUAGAUCAAGCACAAUUGAAAAAAUCAGAUCUCUAGGUGAUUCCAUACAAAGAAAGAAACGCGACUUGAAACAAGUUCGAGAUAAAGUUCAAUAUAGAACUGUAAAAGAUAUUGAUAUUGCAAUUUCCAAACUGGAAAGAUUAAUUGAAUCUGGUACUUUAAAAAUUAUUGAAGAAAAAAGAACUAUUGCAGAGAUAUCAAAUUUAGAAAGAUCUAAAAAAUCUGUAAAACAAUUUGAAAUUCAACAAAAUGCAAUUGAUGAGGAACAAAAAGCAAUUGAUGAAUUAAAGAAAACUCUUGAAGAUAGUGAUUUUAAAAAAAUAAAUGAGGAAUAUGAUGAUAUUAAAGCAAAACUUGAUGUAAUUAAUAAAGAUUUAGCUUCAGAUAGAGAAAAACGUAAUGAAUUAUUUGAUCAAAAAAAAAAAAUCCGUGAACAAAUUAAUGAACUAUUUGCAAAUAGACGUGAGAUUCAAGAUCAACAUAGUAAAGCUAAAUCUGAAUAUUGGAAAUAUCAGGAGGAUGAACAAAAACGUCGUCAAGAAUUAAGAAGGAAAUUGGAUGAAGAACGCGAAAAACAAUACAAGCAAGAUGUUGCCGAUAGAAAACGUGAAGAAGCUGCUAUUCCUGCUUUUCAAUCAGAUAUCGUUACUUGUGACAAUUUAAUUUAUUACUUUCAAUCUUAUAAUGGAGGAAAAUCACCUCAACCUCAACCGCAUACUCCUUCUACUACACCAGUUGAUAGUAAUAUUCGUCAACCCGAUGCUACUAGUAAUGUUCCUGAAGGUGCUGUUCUUAUGAAAAAAUCCGAUAGAGAAGAUGCUUAUUUUGCCGGCGGUAGCAAAAAACAUAAAAAAUCUCCAAAGGAAAAGAAGGCCGGUAAAAGUAAUUCUCUUCAACUUCCUUUUAGUGUUAUGGAUCAGUUAAUUUCUUUCAAGAUUGCUACACCUCAUAAUUUUUCUGAUAUAGAGCAAACUAUUGAAGGUUUAAUUAAAAAGAAAGAGUAUUUCAUUGAAAAUCAAGAGCGUAUUACUAGAGAAAAUAUCGAAAAAGUUGAGGCUGAAAUAGCUGCUAUGGAAGAAAAAGUUACUACUAGUGAAGAAGAAAAAGUUAAAAAGACUACUGUUAUCAUUUCCGAAGAUGAUGAGAAAAAAAAUGAAAUUACUGCUGCAGUUGGAGACACUAAAAAGGAAAAAACUGAAGACAACUAA